AUGGAUAUGGAAGAAAGUGGUUCGUCUGAAGAAUCUAUUAUUGGAGUCAGAAAAAAUAUGCGAAGAUUUAGAAUAGUUUCGAGCUCUUCAGAUGAGGCAAGCAACGAUAGUGAAUCAUUAGGUAAUGAACUGAAUGACCAUUCCUUGGAGGAAGAAGAUUUUGAAUCCAAUUUAGAGAGUGACGAUGGUGAUAAUGAAUGGAAGAAAAUAACAGGAAGACAGCUACAAAUGAAUGAGUAUACGGAAGAAGAGGAAUUUUUAAUUCACAACAUGGACUGCGACGAUCCUGUUUCGUUAUAUAAAUUAUUCGUCACGGAUCACAUACUUGAAAUAAUCGCGGAAGAAACAAAUAAAUACGCUACCCAAUGCAUAAAUAAUUCUGCAUGUAGCAGCACAAGUCACCAACGGGCCUGGAAGCCUGUUACAAAAGAUGAAAUAAAUACUUUUUUUGGCAUCUUGCUAAUUAUGGGUAUAGUACAGGUUAUACCUAUAAUAUCGAGAUUUAUGCAGGGAAAAAAAAUGCAGAACCAAUCGCCAAGACACAUUCUCAUGACGUAG